UUGAAGGCGGAUGUGAUUGAACUAGUGGAUAGACCACGCGCAAAUUCACCCAUUUUUGCAAUACGGAAAGCUGACGGUGUACGUUGGAGAAUGCUACACGAUUUAAGGGGGCUAAAUAAUGUUUUAAUGGAUUCUGAGAAUAUUGUCCCCUCGCCGCAUUCUCUGUUAACUAAUAUCCCUCCCGAGGCCAAAUGUUUUUCAGUAUGCGAUUUGACUGCUGCAUUUUAUUCUGUUCCCUUAGCAGAUAAUAGCAAGGAUUUGUGUGCAUUCCAGUACGCUGGUCAGUUCUACCAAUUCAAACGACUACCAAUGGGGCUCAAAAUUUCGCCGACUGCAUUCAAUCAUGUUUUACGGGAGGACCUUCGACAUAUAUCAUGGCACCGGUUCCUCGAAGGGAGGACCCAGUUGACGUUCCAGAUCCAUCCGGAGUGACAAUAUCCAACGGUCGGUUGCAUAAUGGCAACCAGACAGAAUCGAGCUCGCCCCCUAGGGAGGGAGAGCACAAUUCAGGUCAUCAAGAUGGAAGGUUGGAUGAAGGUGUUCGGAGUCCUGGGGGCGUUGGUGGUAGUGGCAUGCCUGUUCCUGCUGUUUCCCCUUCUCUCACUCCAAAUAGAGAAGUGGAUGAUGGAGAGGCAGAGGUUGGAGUCGCAGGUGAGGCUGGAGCAACAGGUGGUGAGUCAAAUAAAGCCACCUGUCACUCAACCGGGGCCGAAAGCGAGGCCACCAUGCCAUCACAAUGUGGUGAACCAGGAGGAGACCAUGCCUCCUCAGCGGAAGUCUUUGUUCCCGAGGCCGGAGGUGAUUCUGCAACCACCCUCGUCCAUCCAUGGAUCACAGGUGCCCCACUCGAUCCCCACACCUUACACUGCCACCCAGAACGAGCCCUUAGUUAUCCCCACGAUAGCCCCCAUAAUGCCCACUAGUAAAGCUCCCAUUACGAUCCCAGUAGAGCCCCUCCUGAUACCACCAACGACACACCUCCCACCAACCAUACCAAAUAAAGCAGCUGAUGUUGACACAAACAUUGGAGCCCGCCGGAGGAGGAGAGAGCUUCCUGCAAAUAUUGAUGUGGAUGUACCGGAGGAGGCAGAAGGCAACAGUUGGUCCCUAGUUGUCAAAAUAUCGGCACGACAGUUAAGCACGCAGAUGGCCCUACAAGGAGUGGUGGAGGUGGACGAGGAUGAGGAGGACCUCAUCGGAGUGAAAGCAACGGCACCACUGGCAUCGGAGGAGUUCCUCCAACAUGCUGCUCUGGAAAUUCUGGGGCCUCAGGUGUUUCGCGCAGCUGCUCCCUCCAAGGGAGGGAAAUAG